AUGUGCUACUUUUACCAAACACGUUGGGUCUGCGGGUAUUGGAGAUGGGGCCAGUUCAAGCAGCAGUGCAACAAGGAGUACCGGACAGGCGAGACUUGUGGGCUGAAGCUGGUUUUCGAUACUAUCCAAGACCCUGACAGGUGCAAGCUGUGCUACGACAUGGACAAGAAGUACCGCCGGCUCGACAAGAUGCAAAGAGACAUUGACCGGUGGUACCGCGAAGGGAAUCGCAAGGCAACUAUCGAGCGGACGACCGCCGAGAUGAGUGAGGUCCAACGCCAGAUCGAGGAGAUGAGGACAUCGCACUAUAAUAGGGAGAUAACGAUAUGA